AUGGGAGCAGCUUCAAAGGCUGCAAGAAUGAUGGGAGCCCAGCUUCAUGGGCAGCAGCAGCUUGCAGCUGCAACGCAGAACAUAGCCUCGUCUACUCAAGGGGCUUCGAGGCCAAGGGGUCUCAUAGAUGUGAAGGCGGUGGGCCGCCCAAGCCCACUUGGGGGUUCGCUUGAGGAAGCCUCGAGGAACUGGAGACAGUGGAAGUACAGGCUAGAGCUUUGGUUGGCCAGCCAAUUCCCGGAAGCUCGAAAGAUCUUAUCUUGGGCCCGUGAAAAGGGCGAUUCGGAGAUCACUUUGGCGAGCCUGGAGUCGACUUCGAUUCCUGGCGUCACCAAGGAAGCGGUUCUCGAGUUCAACCGGCAGCUUGAGGUGGUCCUGGGACCCUCACGAAUGAAGUGGCUUCGGUCUCUUAUCAGCACCCACCCGGUGGAUUCGGUCACCGACCUGGUGCCUGCGAUCGAGAAGUGGGGAGACGCCCACAGGAGGUACAGCCAGCGCAAGGACUGUACCGCCCUCACCGAGCAGCAGAAGAUGGUGUCACUGCUCGGCCUUGCGCCUUCGGACCUCCAGGGUCACUUGGAGCUGGACCUUGGGAGGCUUACGAGCUACGACUUGCUUCGUCGGGAAAUCGUGUCCUUUGCGGAUAGCCUUUACCGCCACCGAAAAGGAGGAAAGAAGGGCGACGGCCACCAAGGGAAAGGUGGCAAGAAGGAGGACUGGGAGCUCAAGGGAAUAAGGGUAGUAAAGGACGGCACCAGGGGCGCUCACGAGCUUGAGGGUGCUGAGGGGGACGCCAUGGAUGAUGGCGACGCUGCUUAUGAGGCAGAAGAACCCGACGAGGAAGCCGAGCUGGGUUUCAUAGGCGCCUUGGAAGGCGAGGGCUCGGCGAAGGGCCAAAAGGACGAGAAAGAGGAUGAAGAAGAGACCGGGGGCGAGGGAGCGCAUCGCUCCUCGCCCGGGGCAGGGAGUUCUACGGACCGGCCCCAGGCCAAGGCGAAGGCAGGCUCGACGAGCUCAACGCCGGUGGGGCUUAGGAUGGCGAACACAAGUGUUCUCAACAAGCUCCAGGAACGGAGGAGGGAGCUCGAGGAGAGUCUUGAAAAGGAGCAGGCCAAGGGCGACGAUGCCGAGCCUGGCGAGGUUUCCAAGCUGAAGCUUAUGCUGGACCAAGUGAGGGACCAGAUUAAGCGCGCCCAAGAGCUGAAGAAAAGCAAGGGCGAAGGAAUGUCGGCUCGACUCAAAGCCGACUUGGCGGCAGGACGCAAUGCUCGUCUCGCGAAGCGCAAAGAGAAAAGCCGGCAAAGGGCCGCCUUGCACCGACAGAGUUUGCGAAAGGCCCAAGCCGAAGCACGAGUUGGCCGAGAGGAGACCCUAGAGCGGAGGUUCAACCUGCCGGAAAGAGCACGGAAGCAAGACGAGUAUGCUCUGCUACCGGAGGAAAGGGAGCACUCGGGCGAUGAGCUCGACGAGCCCAAGGAGAGGGACUGGAGCGUCCGGCCCGUGAAGAUGACGCCAGAGGGUCGCGAGGGAAAGAAGAGGCAAGAGGCGAUGCCGAUUCCACCUCCCAAGACUCCACCGAGAGACGAAGAGGAGUUGGUGGAGGCGGUGUUCACCUUCAAGGACGGCACGGGGGCAACGGUGCGCUCAGGAGUUGCAGACCUCACCGAGGAGCAGAAAAGGAAGGUGCGCGAGGCAAUCGCCUCAGCACCGUGGCACCGGGAGCCCAAGGCUAAAACUGGGCCUAGCGGCGAGAGGCCUACGGUGAACAAACGCAGCCAGCUGUUCUCUCGGGCGGUAAACUACCUGACGGGCCACCGGCCAACCCUGACUGAGAGCAAGGUUCCGAGGAAGGGGCUGGCGAAGCAGUAUGGAGGUGGAGCCCGGUUUCGGCAAAGGGUUGGCAUCAGGCGGAAGAUGCUAGCCUUGGGUCCUCGUGGGACCGCGGGCGAGGAGCUCGUGCGGGCAGCCCUCGUGGCUCAUGCCAAAGCUGGCGGGUUAAGAGUACCCUUCCUGCCGACCGCUACUACCGGAAACGGAAGGCUGCGAGGGCCGAGCAAAGGGCGAAGGAGGCGGGAAGGAGCAAAGGAGGCAGUGGUGUACGCCACCAUCCAGGUGAUCCUGGACAGCGGUGCAAGCCACAACGUGGUGCCCAAGGUGCUGAAGCAGAGGCACGCGAUCCUCUUGAAAGGGUCGAAGGCGACAAUCCACGUGAAAGGCGACGUUUGCUUUAAAGGGUUUCCUGCGGCACUGCAGAAAGGCGAAACGCUGAAGCAGGAGAAGGUAGUGUUUUUCACCUGCCUAGGAUCCGAAGGGGAAGAAGAUGAGGAGAAGGAAAAGAGCCCAAUGCGCAAAGGAGAAGAGAAAGAGGAGGAGAACCCAAUGCGCAAAGGAGAAGAGAAAAAGGAGAAGAACCCAAUGUGCAAAGGAGAGGAGAAGAAGGAGAAGAACCCAACGCGCAAAGCUAAAGGAGAAGAAGAGAAAAACCCGAGGCGCAAACCUGGAGAAGAAGAGACUAAGGAAGAGGGCCAGCAAGCCCAACCUCUAGCACGACCAGAUCGGCCCACGCCUGAAAUGAUAGCGUCAGGCCAGGAGUCCACUGUUCCGGUUGCGAGCAUGGACUACCUCUACUUCAACGAGCGGGCAGACGGACCUGGACUGCCGACUGUGGUCUUGAGGGACCGGCAUUCCAAGGCUAUCCUCUCGCACCUCCUGCCGUGCAAGGGCACCACCGGGUCGACCUACCCUGAGCGUGCUGUUCUUAAGGACCUAGCCUUUCUUCUGGGCUACAAGAAGCUGAUCCUGAAGAACGACCAAGAAGCUUCUAUCAAAGCUCUCUCCCUAGCUGUUCGUAACGGCUCCUCUGGGGAGAUCGUGCCGGAAGUGUCACCCAAGGGGGACCACCAUGGCCAGAGCAAUGGUGAAGCCGAGCGGUCUGUGCAGUCAGUGCAGGGAUUGGUGAGGACUCUGAAGGCCAGCUUGGAGGAGAAGGGGAUCACCCUUGGACUUACGCCGUUCCAGCGCAUAAAGGGGAGGAAGUGGCAAGUUGCAUUGCCUUGCUUCGGCGAAGCAGUGGAAAUCCGCCGCAACACCCGGUCCAAGCUGGAUUCAAGGUGGCAGUCCGGUGUGUGCCUUGGCAUUCGGCUCCAGAGCACGAAGAAGAUCGUCGGGACCAGCCAAAGGAUCUUUGUGGUCCAAAGCCUGAAGCGCAAGCCAGAGGGCCGGCAAUGGGACUCUAGCUUGGUGGCUGCUGUUCGCGGUCUGCCUUGGAAGACCUCUCCCGAGGAGACGGGAGAAGGGGCUCGGUUGCCUGAGCCACUGGCGGUUAGGGCAGAGGUUUCUGAGGGCCUGCCUCCUCCAGCGCGAGAGUUGGCAAGGCCAGAGGUCGCACCCUUUAGGCGGGUCUACAUCCGCCAGUCUGACCUGGAGACUCACGGGUGCACGGCUGGGUGUGAAGCCUGUGCUGUCAUAAGGGAGGGCCGAAGCCGAGCAGGCAUCAACCAGAGUGAGCACUGUCGCCAGAGGGUCACCGAAGCCAUGAAGGAGACUACCUCUGGGCGAGCAAGGCUGGAAAGGGAAGCUCAGCGCGAGGGCGAGUUUUUCGAGAGAGUGCACCAGGCGGAAGAGAAGAAAAGGAAGGUGAGCUCGGGCCACGAGGCGACGCCCACCGAGGAGUCACCUGAGGGAGCAACCUCAGCAAGUUCGGCGGCGAGGCCUCUAACCAUCGCCCGUCAGAUUCCUCUUGGGUCCGGCGGCCAAGAGGGAACUAGCUCUACCCAAGGGGGUGGUGCAGCUGCUUCAGCUGCGCCCCCAUCGGGGCAGAAGAGGAAGAGCGAAGGUGAAGGGGACGAGAGCCGUGCUGAGCUAGCACCUUCUGACCAGAGGGCUGAAGCUCAAAAGCGCAAAGCGACUGAGGAUGCCGAAGGAGUGAUUUAUGAGCUCAUUGCCCAAGAGCGAGAAGGUUUCAUUGCCAGUGUCGAGCACAAGGAGCGUCCUACGUGCGACCUGGAGGACGACUUGUGGGAGGAAAAGUUCUACGACGAGAACUCUGGCAAGGAGCUGCCACCCGAAGGUGUCAAGAACGCACGCAUGGGGGAGAUCGAGGUGAUCAAGUCCAUGGGUGUAUGGGAGCCCAUCGACAGGCCACCCGGUGAGAAAGUAAUCGGGACCAGAUGGGUCGACAUCAACAAGGGGGACAGCCUCCACAUGAAACU